UCUGUCCGCCGGGCGCGCGGCCAUGGCGCGGAAGUGGAGCCUUCCUCUGCUCCUAGUGCCGCUCCUGCUCGGUCCAGGCCUCGCGCGCAGCUCCAGCCCUCUGCCCCUGGUCCUCAACACUUGGCCCUUUAGAAACGCGACCGAAGCAGCGUGGAGGACGUUAGCAUCUGGAGGCUCUCCCUUGGAUGCAGUUGAGCAGGGCUGUGCUGUGUGUGAGAGGGAACAGUGUGACGGUACCGUGGGCUUUGGAGGGAGUCCUGAUGAACUUGGAGAGACCACACUGGAUGCCAUGAUCAUGGACGGCACUACAAUGAACGUAGGAGCAGUGGGAGGUCUCAGACGAAUUAAAAACGCUAUUGGUGUGGCACGGAAAGUUCUGGAACAUACAGCACACACGCUUUUAGUGGGAGAGUCAGCCACCAAGUUUGCUGAGAGUAUGGGCUUUAUCAGUGAGGAUUUAUCUACCAAUACUUCCCGAGCCCUUCAUUCAGAUUGGCUUGCUCGGAAUUGCCAGCCAAAUUACUGGAGGAAUGUUGUGCCAGAUGCUUCAAAAUACUGUGGACCUUACAAACCACCUAGUAUCUUAAAGCAAGAUGGUCCUACCUAUAAAGAAACAGGAGAUAAUUACAGUCAUGAUACAAUUGGCAUGGUUGUAGUCCAUAAGAUGGGGCAUACUGCUGCUGGUACAUCUACAAAUGGUAUAAAAUUCAAAAUACAUGGUCGAGUCGGAGAUUCACCGAUACCUGGAGCUGGUGCCUAUGCCGAUGAUACCGCAGGAGCAGCCGCGGCCACUGGGGAUGGGGACAUCCUGAUGCGCUUUCUACCAAGCUACCAGGCUGUAGAGUAUAUGAGAGGAGGAGAAGAUCCGACCGUAGCUUGCCGGAAAGUGGUUUCAAGAAUUCAGAAGUAUUUUCCAAACUUCUUUGGGGCUGUGAUAUGUGCCAACGUGACCGGAAGUUAUGGUGCCGCUUGCGGUAAACUUGCAACCUUUACUCAGUUUAGUUUCAUGGUUUAUAAUUCUCUAAAAACUCAGCCAAGUGAAGAAAAAGUAGACUGCAUCUAAUCCUUCUCGUCUGUCAACAUCUCUGUUUAAAGAAGAAAGAAACAAAGGCUGAAGCGGUCACGCACCGGCCUCAUCUCACGUGCCUCGUGUAUCCUACCUUCUCUGUGUAAGAGAAGCGCAAAAAUAAACGUGCGCUGAAUUAGCA